UGAUUUUGCAUUUCUGGGAGGACUGUUUUGUUUACUAACUGUCCUUCUCCCUGUCAACUCAGGUACACUGCUCUCGAUGGCUGUGCACAGCACAGCCAUCCAGAGCAGUGUGAUUACAGUGAAGCACACUGACACACUCCCUGCACACAGUUAACCCUUUGAUCGCCCCAGAUGUUAGCCCCUUCCUGCCCAGUGCCAUUAGUACAGUGUCAGUGCUUUUUUUUUUUUUUAGCACUGAUCACUGUGUUGGUGUCACUGGGGAUGUCAGUGACACCAAGUCAGUUCACCCCAGUGUCAGACAGUCCCGCUAUA